AUGAACAUUUUUCUUCUUUUCACUUGUGUUGAUGAUGUCAAAUUCACCCACACUGGUUCAAGGCAACAGAGUUUCAGCAUUUGUAUGAGCGAAGAGAGAUUCAAACUGCCAUUUUUUCUUCUUUAUUUAUUUAAUUUUUCUUCUUUAUUUUUGACUUUCUUCUUUCGAUUGCUAUGCCUUUCUUCUUUCUUUUAUCAUCUUUCUUUUCCUAUGUUUCUUUUUAAAAUAUUUUCUUUGUUUAUAACAAUUUCUUCUUUUUUGCCUUCUUUUUUUAUAACACAUUUGAUCUAUCUAUCUAUCUAUCUAUCUAUCUAUCUAUCUAUCUAUCACAGUUUCUUCAUAUCUAUCAGUUUUUCAUAUCUAUCACAGUUUCUUAAUAUCUAUCUAUCAAAGUUUCUUAAUAUCUAUCUAUCUAUCUAUCUAUCACAGUUUCUUCAUAUCAAUCUAUCAAUCACAAUUUCUUCAUAUCUAUCUAUCACAGUUUUUCAUAUCUAUCACUGUUUUUCAUUAUCUAUCUAUCUAUCUAUCUAUCUAUCUAUCUAUCUAUCUAUCUAUCUAUCUAUCUAUCACAUUUCUUCAUAUCUAUCUAUCAAAGUUUCUUCAUAUCUAUCUAUCUAUCUAUCUAUCUAUCACAUCUAUCUAUCUAUCUAUCAAUCACAAUUUCUUCAUAUCAAUCUAUCAAUCACAAUUUUUCAUAUCUAUCUAUCACAGUUUUUCAUAUCUAUCACUGUUUUUCAUUAUCUAUCUAUCUAUCUAUCUAUCUAUCUAUCUAUCUAUCUAUCUAUCUAUCUAUCCCAGUAUUUUCCUUAUCUAUCUAUUUGA